AUGAGCGAAAGUUUUUCAGAAAAAGAGGCUGUACCCGCCGACGUCGUCUAUAACCCGGUCGACACCAAUGCUACUUUAGAUGGUGAACGAGAUUACCUUCCUGGAGACGAGCUGUAUAUCGACCCCAAAGUCGAAGCCAAGAUCGUUAGGAAAUUUGACAUACACAUUGCUCCUCUCAUCCUUGUCAUCUAUAUUAUAUGUGCUUUGGACAGAUCCAACAUCGGAAAUGCCGCCGCUGCCGGUAUGAGCACAGAUCUUCACCUGACUGGGAACCAACUCAACGUCGCCGUUUCCAUCUACUACGUGACCUAUGUAUGCGCAGAGAUCCCAGUUGUGCUCUUUUUCGACUCGCACAAAGUAACUAACGACCCAGUUUGGGCGUUUGUCAUGGUCGGAUCUGGCUUCAUGACCAACUAUGCAGGCCUCAUUGUUACCCGCCUCAUGAUAGGGCUAUGCGAGGCUGUGUCUGCGUGUUCCUGGCGUCCUGGGACUGACAAAACAAGGUCUGGGAUGUACAAACGUCGAGAACAGUCCCGAAGAUUUGCUAUUUUGUUCCUAUCCCUCAUGCUCUCGGGUGCGGUCGGCGGUCUCUUCGCCUCUGGCUUCCUCAAGAUGGACGGCGUGCAGGGGAGACGUGGCUGGCGUUGGAUCUACCUCAUGGAGGCUGUCAUUUCCUUUGCCGUGGCCAUCAUCGUCUUCAUCUUCCUACCCAACAACGCUGCAACUGCAUACUUCUUCAACGAAGAGGAAAAAGCUGUUAUCAAAAAGCGCGACGCUCAACGUGCCGCCUACAUGGGUCACGCCAAGAUCCAGAAGAUUGACUUCACCAAAGCUUUCAAGGAUCCGAAGAUCUACCUAUCAGCUGCGAUACAAUUCAGCGUCGACGUCUGUCUCUACGGCUUCUCUACUUUCCUCCCCGUCAUCAUCAGCGGUCUCGGCAAAGGGUUCACCGGAGUUCGCGCACAACUUCUCACCGUCCCUGUCUAUGCGGCUGCCGCCGUCGUCUACGUCAUCUGUGCUUUCGGUAUGGAUCACUUUGAGAACCGACAUAGGUUUAUCAUCCCAGCCGCUAUCGUCAACAUCAUCGGAUACGCCGUUCUGAUCGGCGUCGGAGAUGGACACUAUCACGUCAAGUACGCAAUGACUUUCUUGGUCGGAUGUGGACUCUACGUCGCAGACGGAGGUAACAUGACAUGGCUCAUUAUCAACCAAGCCCCUCAAAUCAAGCGUUCUAUCGGAAUAGCGACACAACAAAUGAUGGGUAACGCAGGAGGUAUCGUCGCUGGACAAAUCUACAUGGCUCGUGAUAAACCCAACUACCACAUCGGUCAUUCCAUCUCCAUGGCGUUCAUGUGUGUCGCCCUCGUCUUCACUUUUAUCAAGGCGUGGUAUCUCAAGCGAGUCAACAAGAGGAGGGAGGAGAUGUCGCCCGAGGAGAGGCAGAGGCUCAUCGACGAAGGAGUAGUCGGGGAUAUCCAUCCCGACUUCAGGUUGAAGUUGUAA